AGACGCUCCUAAAAGUUUAAGAGAUACAUCUCCAAUUAGGCCUUCUGUAAAAUUCAAUCCUAAAAUCCCUAAAGUAUCCUUAAAACAGGGAAAAAGAAGCAUGAGGCCAUUUCGACCCCCCAUGCCUCCCCCUCCAUAUAGGAGUAAAAGUCCUCCCUUAGGCUUUUCACAAAGAAGGGUGCUUUCAAGGCCUGAGGAUGAUUUUGACCCCUAUCUUGAGGCUUGCUUUCCUGUAUUACUUGAUUCAGAGGAUGAAGAAAGCCCCUCUUGGGAACCCCUUCCAAUAAAACUGAUUAAGGAACUCAAACAGGCUUGUACCUCAUAUGGAGCUACAGCCCCAUAUACUUUGACAUUAUUGAACGCUUUGGCAGCUAGAUGGAUGACCCCAUAUGAUUGGGAGACAGUUGCCAAGGCUUGUUAUCUGGAGGUCAAUACCUACUUUGGAGAACUGAAUAUGAGGACUUAGCCCGUAAGCAAGCUAGGGACAACCGCAAGCAUGGUCCAAAAUAUAUUGUGCAAGAAAUGCUGGCAGGAACAGAUGAAUUUGAAUCAGUCAGGGGCCAAAUGAAUUUAGAUAAAAAAGCCCUAGAGCAGGUGACAGCUUGUGCUCUCGGGGCCUGGCGUUCCUUGCCUCAAGGAAAAGAAUUAACCUCUUCCCUAUCCAACAUAAAACAAAAACCAGAAGAGCCAUAUGAAGAUUUUAUAUCUAGACUUAUUGAAGGAAUCCACAGGGUUAUUCCUAGCGAACAAGCAGCUGAGAUCUUGAUAAAACAGCUAGCAUUUGAAAAUGCCAAUUCUACCUGCCAGGCUAUACAUCGUCCUAUAAAAAAGUCUGGAGAUAUAGGGGAUUAUAUUAAGCAGUGUUCAGAUGUAGGACCAGCAAUGAUGCAGGGCAUAGCCAUAGCUGCAGCUAUAAAGGGUAGCUUUUAUCAACAAGCAAUACAGUCCUUCUUUACCGGCAAAGGCAAUCCUCAAAAAGGUCACUCAAAUAGUCAGGGACAAAAUGCUAAUUUGGCUAAAGCCUGUUUUUCUUGUGGUCAGAUGGGACAUUUCAGCCGUGCCUGCCCUCAUAAGGCCACCAAUACUCCUUUGCUAAAUUCUACCUCCACGGUUAUGGCCCCCAAUCUUCCUAAGACUCCCUGCCCUCGCUGUCAGAAGGGAUACCACUGGGCCAAAGACUGUAAAUCCAAGUUCCAUAAAAACGGAACCUUGUUAGUCUCUGGCCAACAGCCGGGAAACGGAUUGAGGCGCCAGUCUCAGGUCCCGACAACGAUUGUGGCAACGACAUUAAACCCGUUUAUACCCUCCGUCCCGCCACAGAACUCAUCAGAGCAACCCCAGGCAGUGCAGGACUGGACCUCUCUUCCACCACCACAACAAAAAGGGAGACAUAAAAGCAUUAAAAUGUUUGGGAAAGAACCAUCUAAAAUCAUAGUGCCUUAUAAUAAAGAGCAAUUAAAUGCCCUUCUAUUACUAAAUGAAGAUUGGCAGAUUGCCAUUGGUAAUUACCCGGGACAAAUUUUACACCAUUUACCUGCUAGUCCCUUAUUAAAUUUCUUCUCGAGACAUCCAGUAAUAUUCCAAGAAAGGUGUCAAGUUUCCCCUAUUGAGGGGGCAAUGUUGGUGUUCACGAUAGGAUGGGUCUUCUAACGGAAAAGCUGCUAUUGUCACCCAGACUUCAAAAAGGGUCUUGAAUACUGGGGAAACAUCAGCUCAAAAAGCAGAAUUAACAGCUGUGAUAGAGGCGUUCAAAGAGUUCUCAGACCAGGUUUUCAAUUUAUUUUCUGACUCACAGUAUGUAGUUAGGUUUUUUCCUCGAAUUGAAAUGGCUGUUUUGCCGGAAAAUAAAACCACAAUCUUUAGAUUAUUAUCUACCCUUCAACAGCAAAUUGGAAAAGGUCAAAACAAUUUUAUGUUGGCCAUAUAAGAGCUCAUUCUAAUUUACCUGGACCCCUCCAUACGUUUAACCAAGAGGCAGCCUUGCUAACCCAGACCAUAGUGGCCAGUGCUUUCGAGGAUGCUAAAGCCUCACAUGCUAUGCAUCAUCAAAAUGCAACUGCCCUUCAGUAUCAGUUCCACAUUCCUAGGGAAUCUGCACGCAAGAUUGUUAGGACAUGUCAACUUUGCCCUACUUCAGUUCCCGCUUUGCCUUUUGGGGUAAAUCCCCGUGGCUUACUACCUAAUGUGCUUUGGCAGAUGGAUGUAACACAUGUUCCUUCCUUUGGAAAACUAUCCUUUGUGCAUGUUACUGUAGAUACCUUCUCCCAUGUCAUUGUGGCUACUGCCAGAUGGGAGAAGCCUACAAAGAUGUAGUUGAACAUCUUUUUGCCUGUUUUUCUUACUUAGGGAUGCCUAAAUCACUUAAGACAGACAAUGCACCAGCUUAUACAUCUAAGCCCUUUAAAAAAUUCUGUGCCCAAUUCGGUAUAUCCCACUCUACAGGAAUUCCUUACAAUCCCCAGGGACAAGCAAUUGUAGAAAGGGCACAUCAGACACUUAAGACACAAAUUUCUAAAUUACAGGAAGGGCAAUUCAAAUACAGUUCUCCACACCACAUUUUGCAUCAUGCCCUCUUUGUGCUCAAUAACCUUAAUGCUGAUCAAGCCAGUUUAACAGCUGUGUUUCGUCACUGGAACCCGGAACAGAAAGAUAUAAAACCUUUAGUAAAAUGGAAAGACCUCCUUUCUGGACAAUGGAAGGGACCUGAUCCCUUGCUAACCAGUGGGCGAGGGUAUGCUUGUAUUUUUCCACAGGGUGCUGACUCGCCAAUUUGGAUCCCGGACAGACAGAUUCGCCAUGUUGCAAUCCCCCAGACAUCGGGUUCCCCCAUUGCUUUGACCACAAAAGACGAAGGGCACUCCUCUGCCCCUGCCUCCGCCACCCACCGGCAGCGGAGAUCCUGGAAGAACAAACGGUAGAUCCACCCACUAAACAGAUGUCACGGCUUUGCAUAAAAGACCGUGAUCCUCCUACUCCUUUACGUAGUAGAAAACCACCAAGACGUCCUGCGCAGGCAACUCAACAAGCCUCCAUACCCACAUGGGGGCAAAUUAAGUUGCUUUGCCAUCAAGCACAGGGAAUAGCUUCUCUACAGGGAUCUUCAGCCUGUCCCGAAAGAGUUUUUAUUGCUAUGCUUUCUUUACCUUCUUGCCAGUUAAGUGGUACCUCUUCCACAUCAGAAAAAUACUGAGAAUAUUUCCGUGAUCCCCCGACCUUCCAAGUAGUUACUUGGAACAAAGACCCUAUACGGGUCAACACAAACCAGCCUCAUCUCUUGGGAGGAUCCUAUGCGUCCUAUGAUAAAGAUCACCAUCCCAUUAAUUUUAACUAUACUUUUAGGGGAUUAACGGAUGACCUUCCCAUUUGCUUUAACUUCCCCCAUAGUUAUACAAGAGAUCUUAUCACCCCCUCUAAAGAGGGGUGUGUCGGAGCCUCCAAAAAAACAAUUCUGACAGAUUCUCCAGCAUCAAAAUUUUCAGAUAAAACAGGAGAUCGGCUGGUUUGGAUAUUACAGGCCCAUAGGCCUGGGGUCCUUGACCCCUAUAAAUCCUUGUUCCUCAACAUUCCACCAAAAUAUCCAAAUUGUAUUGAUGUUGCUCCUUCAGACGUCGUUUGGAAAACUUUAGACAACCUCCUGGGAUAUCCGGUAUGGAAAUCUUGUACUUAUAAUUUGAAAAUAGAUUAUAGAAUACCGGGAGGCGGAAACUAUUCGGUACAAGACUGGAGCAAUCCAGACCCAAGUCAGGAUCUAGGAUCUGUUCCUGACUAUGCCAAUAGGUUUAGCAAUUGGAAAGAUGAUUCCAUCCCUUGGCUGUUGGCGGCCAGCAAAUGGCAUUAUGAUCAAUUUGUUCCCCCCAUGUUGUCCUAUACAACUAAGGGCAAAAGUUUUUGGCAACCAGAAAUUUGGAGAGCCCUUGCUGCCACCUCCAUUGUUACUCUAUCCGGCCAGAAAACGAUUCCACCUAUUCUGUGCUGGCUUGUUUACCCUCCCCUUACGUUUUUUUGUUCACUGAUGACUCUAAAAGGCUUCAUAUACAGAUGAACUAUUCAGGUGGACCAAAUAUAGCCUACUGUGAACAAUGCAUGCUCUCGUCCUGCCUAACCUCUCAAUAUAAUAUUUGUUCCUUUGUGGUGCUGCAACGUCCACCUUACCUUAUGGUGCCUGUCACAGUGAGUACCUAUUGGUAUGACAAUUAUGGUUUAGCCGUUCUGCAACAACUGCAAGAUUUAAUGUGAUCCCGACGGUUUGUAGGACUACUUAUCUUAGGGAUUUCAGCUUUGAUAACAGCAAUUACCUCUGUCACUGUGGCGGCGAUAUCAUUGACUCAACAGGUACAUACUGCUCGAUAUAUCAAUGAUAUGUCAAAAAAAUGUUUCUUUAGCUUUAGCUACGCAAGAGAUUACAGAUAGGAAAUUAGAAGUAAAAAUAGACGCCCUAGAAGAAGUGGUCAUACAUAUUGGAACUGAGUUGCAGGCUUUAAGGGUAAAGUUAGCAUUAUCCUGUCACUCAGACUAUCGGUGAAUCUGUGUAACACCCCUAAAAGUAAAUGAUACCGAUUACAAUUGGGAAAAGAUUAAAAAUCAUAUUUUGGGUGUAUGGAAUAGCUCCAGCAUUAGUUUAGAUCUUGGAAAGCUUCACGGUCAGAUAAAAAUCUUAGAACAUCCCUGUCUGGACUUUACUGCUGCAGGGGCUGCUAAUGAUUUUUUUGUACUUUUUCUAACUUUAUUACUGGAAAAAAUAUCCUAUCAACUAUCUUCAGUUAUGCUGCUGUAGCAGCCCUAGUCCUACUUCUCAUUAUAAUCCUUCCUUGUAUUGUCAGAACUCCCCGGCAAAACACUCAAAAGCUCGAGACUGAGAUCCAUCUGGCUGUCUUAAAAAAUAAAAAAGGGGGAGAUGCCGGGAGCCAGCCCACGAGAUCCCACCCAUGACAAGGUCACGAGGAGGAAACCUGACAGGCAAGGCGGAUCAGGAUUCCAGGGAUUUCGAAAAGCUGCCCCCGGUGCUCACCUUAAAGAUGACUUGGCCCUAUCAAGGCUGGUCUCACGUGUCUUCUCUCUCUCACCGACGCCGUUCAUCCUGAGGGUAUCCCCUGGAUCCUGCCGAGGCUGGACCCCGGCAUGCAACUUUUCUGUUAAGAUCACCACAGAAACGGAAAAUAGGUUUACAUUCACCUGACUUGCAUAAAAUGUCAAUAGGCCCCAAGGCCAGAAGAUAAUUUGCAAAGACCUACUAUAGAAAUAGAAUGCAGAAAACAUCCUGUUCUUCCUAAAGGACAAACUGAUGUAAUGUUAAACUAACCCUGUGUAAGCAUGA